CUGAACCACGUUUCUCCUGGAUCCCAACUUGGAAGCCAACCUCCCCCCCCUCAUUUACCUGGGUUAUUUAUGGAAGAGUUGCGCCGCUCAGGUGGUUGCCUUAGCGAUGGACGGGGACUCAGAACCAAACCCUGCCGUAGCAGAAGAGGCAGGGGAGCAGGUGGAGCCCAUGGAUGCCACUCCCUCCCAAGAGCAACGGGCCACGCCCCCCUUGGAGGAGGCCGAGGAGGCAGUUUCCAUGGUAACAGAAGAAGAUGGAGCCACAAAGGAGGGCAGCACAGAGGACAAUGAUGAUGAUGAUGUGGUUCUGGUAGGGGAGGAGGAUCCCCAGGCUUCUGCCACAGCCCUCUCCCAGGACACGCCCAGCACAGACUGCCUAGAGCCGGCUGCUGCCGUGGCAACUGUAGACAUGUCCACGGCAGAGAUGCCCUCCGUGACCCCCAGUUCUCCUGCGUCUUCCAGCACAUCCACAGCAGCAGCAGCACCUCCGAAACCUCCAGCCACAGAAGCAGAGCCCAUUGUCAUUGACGACGAGGAGGACUCUGAGCAGAAAGACACUUCCUCCUCCUCACCAGCGCACCCUGGAGGCUCCUCAGAAUCACACUCGCCAGGUGUACUCAGCAGCACUGAGCCAGAUUCAGAGAUCAGGAUCGCCAGUGUCACCACACUGGGCUCCAGUAGCCAGAAAGGAAGCACCACAGCUUCUGCAGUAAACACACCGCCACAUCCAGCGGACGCACAGGAAGACAUGAACCUGAUGAUAACCUCAGUGACAUCACUGCAGGGUGGGGCAGCGGCUGUCACAGCGGCAGGUGAAGGCCAGGCAGAGGAAAAUGGUCUGCAGAUUAGCAGUGCAUUCAGCCUGAAUCCCGACACCCCAUCUGGUCGACCAACAUCCUCCUUCAACCCCGGGAGGGGCUCAGGCCCCAUGGGCCAGCUGGUGCAGAAUGGAGACACGGGAACGCACAACAGAGCAGACUCGUGGAUCUCUCAGUCAGCGUCAGUCCCCCGCAACCAAAAACAGACAGGGGUCGACUCUCCGUCACCGGCCACCUCCCUGCCCAAACCUCCAGGCCAGUCUUCCUCAUCUACUUCCUCCUCAGGCUCCCAGCCACAGCCCAGGACAGUCAAGGUGACGUGUGCCAACUGUAAAAAGCCUCUGAAGAAAGGCCAAACGGCCUACCAGCGCAAAGGCUCCACACACCUGUUCUGCUCCACCACCUGUCUCUCUGCCUUCUCACACAAACCCGCCCCCAAGAAGAGCUGCACCAUGUGCAAAAAGGACAUCACAAACAUGAAGGGUACCAUUGUGGCGCAGGUCGACUCCAGCGAGUCUUUCCAGGAGUUCUGCAGCACGGGCUGCCUCGGCGCAUACGAGAACAAGCAAAACCCGCCCAAAUCAGGCCUCAAAACCAAAUGUACUGUCUGCGGCAAGCUCACAGAGAUCCGACACGAGGUUAGCUUUAAGACUGUGACCCACAAGAUCUGCAGCGACACGUGUUUCAACGUCUACCGCAGGGCCAACGGGUUGAUCAUGAACUGCUGCGAGCAAUGCGGCGACUACCUUCCCAGCCGAGCGUCAGCAAACCACUUCCUGCUGGUCGACGGCCAACAGAAACGCUUCUGCUGCCAGAACUGCAUCAGGGACUACAAGCAGGCCCACAGUAAACUUGCGAGCUGCCUGACCUGCAAAACGCUGAUCAAGACGGGCGAGGUGCUGCACAGCCUCGGAGCGGGCGGCACCAUGGGCUCCUACUGCUCCGUCAACUGUAUGAACAAGGGCAAGCUGGCGACGACCUCCUUCAUCAACACAGAGCCCACAUGUCACUUCUGUAAGAGGAAUUCAUUACCGCAGUACCAGGCCACGCUGCCAGAGGGAAACAUCCUCAACUUCUGCAGCUCGCAGUGUGUCACCAAGUUCCAGAAUGCGACUCUUCAGACGGCAACUAACGGACAGACGCCCCUCUCCACCACAAACAACACCGUCCAGCUGAAAUGUAACUACUGUCGAGGAGCUUUCAGCUUGAAGCCCGAAAUCUUGGAGUGGGAGGAUAAGGUUUACCAGUUCUGUAGUAAGACGUGCUGCGAGGACUACAAGAAGCUCCACUGCAUUGUGACGUUCUGUGAGUACUGCCAAGAGGAGAAGACGCUACAUGAGAUGGUCAAGUUCUCAGGAGUCAAGAGACCCUUCUGCAGCGAAGGCUGUAAGCUGUUAUUUAAGCAGGAUUUCAUCAGGCGACUGGGUCUGAAGUGUGUCAGCUGUAACCACUGCAACCAGCUCUGCAAGAGAGGUUUGACCCGGCAGCUUGGCGGCAUGACCCGGGACUUCUGCAGCGAAGCCUGUGCCAAGAAGUUCCACGACUGGUACUACAAGGCGGCGAGGUGCGACUGCUGUAAGGUGCAGGGUAACCUGACGGAGUCUGUGAUGUGGAGAGCAGAGAUGAAGCAUUUCUGUGACCAGGAGUGUCUGUUGAAGUUCUACUGCCAACAGAACGAGCCCAUCAUGGUGACACAGAAAGGCCCUGAGAACACCACACUGGGAUAUGAAAUGCAGGGGGCCAAACUUGGGCUGGUGAACCAGGGUACUGUGGCGUACGCUGGUGGAGGUUUGAUAAGAGAUGUCAAGAACAAGGCGGUGCUCUGUAAGCCGCUCACACUGACAAAGGCGACGUACUGCAAGCCACACAUGCAGAGCAAACUCUUACAGACAGAUGUAGACGAUGGCGUGAAGAGGGAGUAUAUUCCUGUACCCAUACCUGUACCUGUCUUCAUCCCCAUUCCCAUGAACAUGUAUUCCCAGGUCACUCCCACGCCAGUCUCUCUGCCUGUACCGGUUCCUGUGCCUGUGUUCCUGCCCACCACCCUGCAGGGGGCGGAGCAGAUCGUCCAGACCAUCAGCGAGCUGAAAAACAAGGUGCCCUCUGACCCCCUGGAGGCCGACCUGAUCUCCAUGGCUGAGAUGAUCGCAGAGGACCAGAAGCCAGAUGUAAAGCCAGUGAUGGUGAAGAGUGAGCAUGGAGGGAAGGAACCCUCUAGCAGCAGCUCUGAAGAAGAGGAGAAGAUGGAGGAGGAGAGGAUGGAGGAAGAGGUGAAAGUGAAAGUGAAGGAGGUGAAGGUGAAGGAGGAGGACGAAGAUGUGUACCAGCCCGACCUGGACCUGGAGGCAGACUUCCCUCAAGCCUCAGACCCUGCUCCAGUCCUCGAAGGGAUGGACGAGGACAUGGGCUUCUCUCUACCUCCGGUCCUGGCUGAGGAGAAGGAGGAGCUGGAGGAGUCUGAGCCUCGACCGCAGCCCAGGAGACAAGGGAACAAGAGGCAGGCGGUGGAGGAGAGCUCAGAUCUGGUCUCGUCUUCGUCUUCCAAUCCAGCUGGCAGACGCUCAGAAGGAAGGUCGCUGCCUCUCAAAGCUCGAUAUGGUAUCAAUGCUUGGAAACGCUGGGCGCUGUCUGCUUCUGACCAAUCAGAUGACACCAAAGAAAAAGGCGACUCCAAACCAGCCCGCUCUAAAAGUAACCUGUUGUCGCUGAGUUCAAAGGAGCUGAACACAGCUCUGUCCCGGUUUGUCAGGGAGGUCUGCCGGCCCAGCGGGGAGCGCUACUCUCCAGACAGCAUCCUCUACCUCUGUCUGGGGAUCCAGCAGCAUCUCCACGCCAAAGGCCGGAAGGAUGACCUUUUCAGCGACCCGUGCUACCAGCAGUUUGGAGAGGAGCUCAACAAGGUCCUGAAGGACUGGCAGCCCAGCGUGCUUCCUGAUGGCUCGCUGUGGGGUCGAGUGGAGGAGCAGAGUCUGUGGAGCAGCCGGCAGCUCGGGCAGCAGAGUCCGGCGGCUCUGCUGCGCUCUCUGGUUUACCUGAACACCAAAUACUUCGGCCUACGCACCGUGGAGCAGCACCUCCGCCUGUCCUUUGCCAAUGUCUACGGCCCAGACACCGUCCAUCCUGUCACCAAGGAGACCACCGUCUGCAUCCGCGUGCCUUCCAUCUCUCAGGAUCACCACGUGCAAACAGAGUCGAGGAAGAGGAAGCGUACGUUGGAGGAUGGCGAUCAGGACUAUGAACCAGACGACGACUCGGGAGGCUCCACUGUACGCUGCCCGGUCAAGAAGCACGAGUGUCACCUCUACGACCUCUACAGAUCCAAGUGCCCGGCAUUGUUGCGGGAGCGUCUAGACGUCUUCUACGUUCAGCCGGAUCCGGCCCGCAGCCCCGACGACCCGCUGUGGUUCAGCUCCACGCCGCUGGAGCGACAGAUCCUGGAGAGCCUCCUCACCAGAGUCCUCCUGGUCAGGGACGUUUACACAGACAAACAACACCUAGAGGAAGACGACGAGGAGGAGGAGGAGGAGGAGGAUGGGGGUGAAGUAGUCGGGGGAGAGUAGCAGUUGUUUUGACUUUUUUUUUUUUUUUUUUUUUUUUUUGUAGUAGAGCCUGAACAGUCAGCAGAGGAGGAGGAAGAGAAAGAGGAGGAUAGAGCUAGUAGUGUGUGUGCUCCUCUCCUGUCUUACCCUCCUCGCUGACUUCCUGUUUCCUCCUGGUGAGGAGCGUCCACAACUGGGAACUCAUAGAGGAUGAUGGAUGUGGAGGUGAAGAGCAGCCCAAACGUUUACUUCUGCAGAUAGAUUCACAAACAGAGGAGGAGGAGGAGGAGGUGGUGAUGACGUUAGAGGACGGAUAGGUUCAUUGUCCCCUCAGUCAUAAACCACAAGAGGAGGCACAGAUGAGAUAAAGGAGGCAAAGCUGUAAUUUGUUAAAGUCGAACUAAGCAAAAUUCUGUAGAAGUGUAUUGAUGGUUAUCACCAUAUUUUGAUACAGGAAGUGCGUAGCGUGCUUAUAGUGCUCAGACAGGCAGCUUAACUUUAUAGUAUCAUGCUUUAACAAACCAGGAGGCUACAAGGAGAUGAAGUUAUUUUCUUCUGUCUAAACUUCAUGUCCUCCUUGUCAUCGCUCUGUGGAUGGAAAAGAGGAAGUGGAGUUCUUUGGGCUUCAAGAGAGUUUUCAAUAAAGGAUCGAUAAGUGAGGGCGAAGGCAGAUAAAAAGGUCUGAGUGAAACCAGAACGACAAGAGGAGAGUAGGAUGAGUCUAGAGUGUCUACAGAGGUGGAGGCUGGAAGGUCGAAAUUCCAUCUUUGAUGCGGUUCAGCUUGUAAAAUCGAAACGUGACGUGAUAAAAAAUGUUUGCGUCAAUAUUUACAGCUCAAUUUAGCUGAUGGUCAUGCAACAGGAAGUGCUGCUUUAUAUUUGAAAGGAUUAUUAGACAUGAAAUAUUAGACAGCCGAAAAAUAUCGUUGCACUGACAGGUGGAAAGAUCCAGGUUUGACCCAUCAGUGAUGUAACAAAGGACUUUUGUCCACUUCACUUGUAGGAUUUUAAGUUUUCGACCGUUGGACAAACGCAGCAGUGUAAUAUUCUGUGUUUUGACAAAUAUUUUGUUCGGUACAUUUAGGAUUUAAAGCUCCUGCACACCCACACAACUGUCAGUUUGUCAGACUUCGGCAUUCAUGAGGUGAGGACAGGAAAUCGUAUGAGUGAGGUUGUUUCGAUGCCAGGCCAGUUUUUGGUGGACUCACAGGUCAGAGUUAGUUAUUAUUUCAUAUAUUUGUUUCAUCACGACCAGACUACAAACUGCAGUGUUGCCCUCAAACAUGAUUUAUUGUAUGAUUGCUCUAAUCAAUAUUAAUCAGAAACAUGACAUCACUGCCUUUUCGGGGCUGAGUGCGAGGCAUUUUCGUAGGACAGGAAUGUUAUGUGACCUUAUAUUUUAUGCAGGGAUUAUUAUGAGGACACCAAACUCCUAAAACAACUGUGCUUAAUGCUGUUAUCUCAAGAUUACAAAGCUUGUUUUCUCGUAUUAGUGGGUUGAUUUCUGUAGAUUCUUGAGAAAACAGAGUGCUGAUUUCCUGAGAUUAUCACAAGAAAUCAACUUGUUCUCUCCAGAUCAUGAGAUAAGUAUGGAGAACUUAAAACUGAACGUCUGGAUCAUUUCACUCCUGAUUUCAUGCAUGCUGGCACGGUGCUCCUGAUCUCUGAAGUAAUAACAGGAAACAACCUUUUUAUCGUGAUAUCAACAAAAUAAUGAACUCUUGAUCUUGAGAUAGCAGCAUUAGAAAAUGCAAGCAAGUCUGUUCUUGUCUUCUGUAAAUGAGAACCAAAAAGCUGUAAAUCAUGCUGCUUUAAGCAGGUGACACAUAGGUGCAUUUCCAUCCACCUGUUUUUAUGCACAUUUGAAUUUAGACGUGAAUAAAACCUGUGUGGAAACUUUUUUUUAAAAAAAAUCUCAAAAUAUUGCAAAUAGUUUUUACGCUUCGAUCAAUCAAUACAAAGUAAAUGAGAUUAUGUGCAAUGGAAACGGCAGCAGCUAAUAAAUGUACAAUCAUGACGUUUCACCAUUUUAUAGGCUACAGUAAACUCUCUGUCGUCUGCACACAGGGCCGUUACUGCAACUCUUCCAAGACCACAGAGCACUCUGUUUCCUUCGUCCAGUGUGCUCUCUGUUCUUAGACAUGCACUGUUUUCCAGUGUUUGAAUUCUGAUCCAGACUCUUAAUUACAUCAUCUCCUUGCGCCCUCUUCUUCUAAUGGCACCUGAUAGGAGCAUUAGCACCACCUACUGCUUAUCUCGACAAACUAACUCCCAGUAUUUGUAUAACUGAUGGAUAAGCAGAUACAUUUUUCUUUUGAGUUUCUAAAAAAUUUGGUUGAAAUUUGCACCACGUCUGUUUGGAAACUCGACUACAGGAGUCCAGUAAAGGGAUCUAAACAGGUAAAUCAGUGAAAGGGUGUGUAGGGCCUUUAACAUUGUGAAAUUAAUCAGGCUUGAGUGUAUCUUGAUGAUUGCCAGUACUGUGUAAGUGAUGCUAUGUGGUGCUGACAGUGUGACAGUUUCAUCAGCACAAGAAGUUUUCCUAUAUCAGGUCUCUGUUGCAUUUUCACUGCACAAAGAUGGAAUUUCUGAUUCUCCAGCCUGUCUUGAACGCAGCACAAAGCCUCUUCCUCUCAGUCAGGGCGACCUACUGGUUUCCAGUGUCACACAUCUCCAUUAUAACUGGGCUGCUUUCAUUCCUCGCCAUCAUCCCGCUCACUGCUCUUCCUCUGUCAGUACUGCUCUCAGGCGAAACCCGUGUGCACCACAGAGGACUGGAGGAGUCAGGACUGAUCCCAGGACAGACUUUACAAACCUCGUGUUAUCUCUCGUCACACACACACCUGACUCUCGCUGUGUGGUGCGGGUUAACGGCGACCUGCCGACAUGCUGCGUUUCUUUAUAGGACAUUAGGGGAACCUUCAUUCAUGCGAUGUAGCAUUAUGUGCGUACUAAGCCCAGAUUGGGUUGCUUUGAAGUGUAAAUAUCUCUGAAACAAGGCGGUGGUUCGAGUCUCCCCAGAGAGGGACACUGUGUCGUAAACACCCACUGAAACCUUCAGCUUGAAAAACACCCGCCUCCCGAGAAGCCUUUUUAGAAAGACUGAUUAUUUAUUUAUCUUUUUAUUAGUUUGACUGUUUCCUCUUUAUGUUGGGAUAGGACUUUUAUGGGUGCCAUCUCCGUCUCCACCCUCAUUCAUUGAAAACCUGCUGCAGUCCCUCGCCUCUCUCUCGUCCAUUUAAAAAGGGUCUUUGUGCAGGAACCUGCUAAACAUGAAGGACACGGCUUGCUCACAGCUCAACAGACUGUCUUUGUUUCCUUUCUGCUUUUGUCCCUGUGUUUGGACUUUUCCUGGCGUUACUCUAAGUCUCCUUUUAAACUUAAUCUUGGUUUAGUUUAAAACCUGAGCGCUUGUUCACGAGUGCCCUCUCCUUCUUCUUCCAGGCUGUUUAAGAGCGCCAGCACCGCGAGGCAGAAGCUUAUAUUGUAACAGCACAUUGGUUGGAUUAUCCAUUGUUUAUUUCUUUGAUUUUUAUUUUAUUUUAUUUAUGUGGUUACAGUCCCCCUUCUUUUUUACUUUUCAUUUUUUGAGUUUUAUUUGAAUUUUCCUUCUGAAUGUUUCAAUAAAUUGGAGACAGUGUCAUCAAGUUUAAAAUCCAAUGACGGUUAUUUGAGGAUUUUCUUUUUCUUUUUGUACUUCUAUUAACUUUGAUUUAAAUUGGGAGAAUACUCUGAGAUAAAAUUUUACACCCAAACAAAGUGUGUGUUUCCACAGCUUGUGCUUAGAAUAUAAGGAACACCCUCCUGGGGCCAGAUGCAUCAAACUCUGUAGAUUCACAACUAGAAAAGCAGAAAUGUGCUUACGCAGUUGUUUCCUGAGAUGUAUAAAGUUGUGCGUACGCCUGGUAGUGAUUUAUAAUUCUCUAUUUUUGUGGAGCUGGGUGCAUGAGCCUUAUUUUCACACCACAAUUCGAUAUAAGUGGAUGUAGAAAGGCCUUAAAACAUCUGUGUGCAUAUUGAUACUUGUGUCCCUCCACCUCUCAUUAGACCAGAGUGCAAGGAGAGCUGUGACGAUUAAUCAGUUAGUCAUCAACUAUUAAAUUAAUCUUCAGCUAAUUUGAUAAUCGAUUAAUCAGUUUGAAUAUUUUUUUUAAAUCAAAAAGUCCAAUUUCGCUGAUUCCAGCUGGCUUAAUGUGAAUGUUUAUGACAGUAAACUGAAUAUCUUUGUGCUGUGGACAAAAUGACAUUCAAGGACGUCAUCUUGGGCUUUGGGAAACCCUGAUUGACAUUUUUAACAAUUUUCUGACAUUUUAAUAUUGAAUAAACAACUUACAAAUUAAUUGAAAGUAAUUGACAUUGGCGGUUAGUAGCAGCCCUAAUUGCGAGGUUCUCCAACGAUGCCAGAGCAGCUGUCAUUACGUACAAUGUGGAAAUAUGUAGCGUCCGUACCACUGAUUCAUCACGUUUCUGCAAACCAUCAUCACGAUAGAAUCUCAAUCAGCAGUAUUAUUAGACGUCAGAAGGAUGAUCAAUGAUUUAUUCUUGGCUCUCAUGUUAAAAUUUAAAGUUGUCGCAAUUUAGGAUGAAAUUAAACGAUCAUUGAGAAGGAGAUGAUGCUCAGAUAUAAAUAAAAAUAAUGAUAGAAAUGACUCAUCAUUUAAAAUGUACUUUAUAAAUGCACCUUUGACAUUUGACAAUGCUGUGGGAAAAUGCGUUCGCAUGGUUUAUGCAUCUGGCCCCAGAUGUUGCGUUUGAUCCACUGUCCUCCUGACGAAGGUGGAUUAAAUUAGUGAACUAGGUUUUAUUUGAUCCAGACAGCAGGCGUUUCUGUCAUUUUGUCCACCCCUCUGUGCAUUUAACAGUCUAAACUGCAGUGUAACAUUUCAGGAAUAAAGGUUUUGUGGACUUAGAGGAAGAACGCUGGUCUGAGUUUCUGACCCCAGACCAGCGUCACCAGCCCCAGGACCUUUAAACUCGACUUAUGGAAGUUAACUCAACUGACCCUGGAUCAGAUGACCCUUGUUGUUAGUUAACCUGGCUGAUAUUUCCCUGCUGGACUCAGAGGCAGAGACCAAACCUGCCACAUGGUUUGGACCUACAGUAGAUGCUGUGGCUGGCUGUAACGCCUAAUGUGAAUGUGCCUAUCUGUAUAUACUGAAAGUGAGUGAUUGUGACUUGAGUCUGAUGCUAUGUGUGUGGGCUGAUCUGCUGAUACGGUCAUGUUAAAUAAAUGAGUUCAUUUUCUA